UAAAAGAAGAGCCGAGCCGCAUUUCGUCCUUUAAUGUGAUGGAAGAUGCUGAUUCUAAAAGUUGACCAGGGAUUUCUCGUCGUGGGGUGCUUGCGAGGCAUGGCUUUCCUUCUAACCUGCUUCUUUUUGUCUUGUUACAGUGUGAGCAGUGCUUGGGGGAACAAGCCCGCGGAUACCAACAUCUAUCUGGAUAACAUCACGCGCAUAUUGGAUAGAUUACUGGACGGCUAUGACAACCGGCUGCGACCUGGAUUUGGAGGGCCGGUGACGGAGGUCAAGACGGACAUCUUUGUCACCAGCUUUGGACCCGUCUCAGAUGUAGAGAUGGAAUACACCAUGGACGUCUUCUUCCGUCAGACGUGGAUCGACGAGCGGCUGAAGUUCGAGGGCCCCAUCGAGAUCCUGCGGCUCAACAACCUGAUGGUCAGCAAGAUCUGGACGCCGGACACCUUCUUCCGGAACGGCAAGCGGUCGAUCGCUCACAACAUGACCACCCCCAACAAGCUGUUCCGCAUCAUGCAGAACGGAACCAUCCUCUACACCAUGAGGCUGACCAUCAACGCAGAGUGCCCCAUGCGGCUCAUGAACUUCCCCAUGGACGGACACGCCUGCCCUCUCAAGUUUGGGAGUUACGCUUACCCCAUCAGCGAGAUCGUGUACACGUGGAAGAAAGGCCCGCUGUCCUCGGUGGAGGUUCCUCAGGAGUCCUCCAGCCUGCUGCAGUACGACCUCAUCGGGCAGACGGUGUCCAGCGAGAGGCUCAAGUCCAACACAGGUGAAUACGUCAUCAUGACGGUCCACUUCCACCUGAAGAGGAAGAUGGGCUUCUUCCUCAUCCAGACCUACAUCCCGUGCAUCAUGACCGUCAUCCUGGCCCAAGUCUCCUUCUGGAUCAACAAAGAAUCGGUUCCGGCGAGGACGGUGUUCGGUAUCACCACGGUGCUCACCAUGACGACGCUCAGCAUCAGCGCCCGCCACUCGCUCCCCAAGGUGUCCUACGCCACGGCCAUGGACUGGUUCAUCGCCGUGUGCUUCGCCUUCGUCUUCUCCGCCCUCAUCGAGUUCGCGGCCGUCAACUACUUCUCCACGCUGCAGGCCAACCGCGAGCUGAGGAGGGCGGCGGCCAUGAAGGCGGCGGCCCAGGAGGCGGCGGCCGCGGCGGCGGCGGCGGGCAACGACGGAGAGGUGUCCUCGGUGGAGGCCAGCAGCGUGACCCUGAAGAAGAGGAUGAACUCCGGCCUCGCCUUCGACCGCCCCGCCAAGACCUUCCCCAACCCGCCGGUCAACGCGCAGGCCUUCCUGCAGCAGGGCUCGGCGGUGCCGGCCAACAACGUGCUGACGGGCACCAGCAUCAUCGACAAGUACUCACGCAUCCUCUUCCCGCUGUCCUUCGGCGCCUUCAACCUGGUCUACUGGAUCGUGUAUCUCACCAAGGACACCAUGGAGAUGUCCAGGGACACCGUGUGAGGCCAGAGCUCGACUCCUGGAACACACACACACACACACACACACACACACACACACACACACACACACACACAC